AUGACAAAAAUUAUAACUUACUUGGUCUACUUGAUUGGAGUCGCAACGGCAGAUCUAUGGACAGAAACAGAACGAAUUAGUGAUUUACAACAAUGGAGAGCUCUAUGUGGUCGUUAUACUGUAGCGGAAGCUUAUAUGAAGGAUAGCAACGCUCGCAUUACCGUGUUCGCUCCUGUCGACGAUGUUUUUACAUACAAUCCUAAUAUCCGGGCUCUUGAUCAGAAAGAAACACUGAGCCACAUAGUUGACACUCAAGUUGUUGAAAUAACUCAGGGACAACGUUGGGAAAAGCAGACCCUGAUCCGUUCUACAGUUAACAGCGGAUAUGUUUAUAUUACACAGUUUGAAAACAAUCCUGGAAAUUUUUCCUAUUUUGCUAAUGCUGGAAUGCUGUGCAACCAUGCUUCCAACCAGUGGGGAAUGAUCAGCGGUGAACAGUAUCUCUUCAAGAUUUGCACUCCUUUUGGUGAACGGCCCUAUCCUGGAACGGCUCUAUCAUUCAUUCGUGAUCCCGAUCAAAUUUUAUUCGAAGACCGCCAGUAUAACAACAACGAUUUAACAGAGUUACGAGAUAUUCUGAAUCGCGUACCAGACAUCGCCCUUGUAAUCUACGGAAGUUCAGCGUGGAACGGCUUUCACACUUUCUUUCUACCUUCAAACAAAGCUUUUGCAAAGGUGAUUGAUCGAAAUAGAAUAGAUCGCGAAGUUCUUUUGGCUCACGUAACUGGAAUGAACCGAGUUUUAUUCACUUGGCCCUGGUUAUAUGAUGGUGGUGUUCAUUAUUAUCCAUCUGUUAGAUUCUCAUCUAAUAUCAUUGAAGACAACUUCAAAUUAAAGCUUUCCAUGAGGAAUAUCACUGAUAGACGAACUGGUCGAUAUGACUUAUAUGCCGUGUCCGAGGUUUACGAACGGUAUUCCCAAUUUCGUCGAGGAGCUGUGUGGGCCAAGAUAUUGGUUCCAAAUAUUCCUGUUCAAAACGGAGUUGUUCAUAUCAUCGAUAAUGUGCUUGGGAUUGUUUCAAACACUAUAGACCAGUUAUUGAUGGAUAAUUAUCGUUGCACUACCUUAAUGAGAUAUAUUAACACUAUUGGCCAAAUUGUAAGGAAUUACUUCUCAGCAACUGGAGGACUUGUUACAUUUUUCGCUCCUUAUAAUGAAGCCUUUGAAAGAAUCCCAGAAGAAGUUGAAAGGAGGCUUUUGCGAGACCGAGUGUGGUUGGAGCAGAUCUUGAAACUACAUAUAGUCCCGGCUAAAGAGCUGACAUCAGACGAAAUCAAUAAUGAGACGAUUGUCAACACAGUGGACAACAUGCAUCAAUUGUAUUUCAUUAAAGGAGAAUGGCCGAAAAACAACAUAACUUAUUAUGUGAUUGGCGGAGGCAUAAGGACAGCUAUAAUACAGGAUAAUGUGGCUGCUACUAACGGAAUUGUACAUUAUAUUGAAAGAGUGUUAGGAGUUCCUUAUCAAUCUCUCUGGGAAGUUUUGCGGAACGAAACUCGUCUACAAACUUCCUUCCAAAUGCUUAGUAAUCUGCAACUGCGGUACGCACUAGAUCCUUGGCAAGUUUUGACUCCUGAACAGAAUUUCACAUUCUUUGUUCCUACUAAUGAAGCUUGGGAUAAGGUUGCACCGUCUUUGCGGAAUCGAAUGAACGAUGGGAACCAUUGGCAAGCUCUACAGUUCGUUUAUAAGAGACACAUUCUGCAAGGACAAGCACUCAUGUACACUGAUUUACGAGAGAGAACCUAUGUAAUGAUGAACGAUGAAAAAGUUGUUAUAAGAAGAAGAGGAAGAUAUUUUGAACUGUUUUGGCCGCGAGGUAAUCGUGUUGCCCGAGUUAUUGAGGGUGGAGAAAUUGCAGGUAUCAACGGUUACAUGCAUAUGAUAGACAACGUUCUCAUGUACGAGCCCGACUUGAGAGCAGAAGGAUGUAUGGCUGAGGCAUUCGGCUGGCAAAUGAUUUUCGUGGUCGUGAUGGCUUGGCUUCGACCUGGGUGGAGAACUGGCGAUUAG